CCUCGCCUCUCACGCGAAUAACAGCGAAGAAGCAGCAGCUCCAAACAACCAAAAGAUGGUGAAAACGCCGUACGGAAUCAAAUACGCCAAUCACAUCAUCACCAAUCACUUCGGCGAUCAAGUCGCUAAAGUAUGCGAAUGUCUACUUCUCAAAGGACCGUUAACAAUCCAAAGCAUAAUGCAAUUCACACAGCUAAAUCACAAGCAAGUGAAGAACACUCUACUCGUAUUAGUCCAACACAAUUGCGCUCAAGCUUUCCGUUACGGAGAUGAUCCCAAACUAAUUCCUCAUUACAUUGCGGUGUUUGAUAACAUUCUCCACCGCGUUCGGUUUUCCAAAUUUUUAGCUAUUGUCUCUCAGGAUUUGGAUAAAUUGUGUGUAGAUAUUGUUGAGGGAUUACUUCAGCAUGGUAGGCUUAAUGUGAAACAAAUUGUUGAUAGAGUCAAUUCAAGUCAAAGGGAAGGGAAUAGUGUAGGUGUAGAUGCUUUACAAGAAAGCUUGCGUAAACUUAUAAUUGCUCGUUUUAUUGAGCAUUGUCCUGCCCCUGAACCAAUUCUUGCACCACCUACUGAAGAAGAAGUUCGUGCAAAGAAGCGAAGUGCUAAGUCUGCUAAGAUAGCCGUAGAAUCAGCAACUCUAGAACAAAGUGUUAUAGCAGCAGCAGUGCCUAUGGAUGCGAAAAGAUUUUCAGUUGAUCUAGAAGCCGAAUUAAAUGUUAAUGGAGAAAAGGACCAUAAUAAAUUCCCGGAAAAACAUGCCGGAGAAAAGCGCAAGCUUGAGGCUUCAGAGCCUAAUAUAGAUGGAGAGGCUGCAGAAAAUGACAUAGUUGUUUGGCGUGCCAAUUUCGAGGAAUUUAUCCAUAGGCUUAGGCAUAAGGCUUGUGUUGAGAAUGUUAGAGCAAGGCUAGAUGAUGGGGCAGCUAUUGUCCUGAGUGCAAUGCUAGAUGCUUCCAGGCCUGAAGAGAAAAAAGUGAAAACGGCAAGUUCAGUUCCAUUGUCUUUGAAUUCCAUUUAUGAAGAAGUAAUUCAAAGUGAAAAAGGCCGGAACAUGACAUUUGAUCAUGUUAGAGCUGCCCUUAUUCAGUUGAAUUCUCCUCCACCAUUUAUAAAUGAGGCUGAUGAUUUGUUCAAUAUAGAUUUCAAGCAUAUUAUUGAAGUAGCUCAGAGUGAUGAGGUAGAGUCAAUUGUGUUGAAAAGAUAUGGGAAGGAUGCCUAUAAAAUGUUCAGGUUACUAUCAAAGGCUGGUCGCCUACUUGAGACUGAUAAGAUUUCAGAUACUGUAUUUGCUGAAAAGAAGGAAACAACAAAGAUCCUUUAUAAGAUGUGGCAGGAUGACUACCUGCUUAUGGAGAAAUUAGUUGCGGGGACAGCAACAUUCCUGUUGUGGAAGAUAAAUAAGCAUACUCUUUGGGAACAUGUACUGGAUGAGAUGUUUCAUGCUUGCUUAAAUCUGAGCAUCCGAGUAGCUCAUGAACUGGAACAGCAAAAGGAGAUUCUAAAUCUCCCACCUGAAAAACGUGUGGGGCCGUCGAAAGAUAAAUACGAGAAGCUCAAGAAAAUGAGAUUUCUGAUGGAGUCUUCACAAUUGAAAAUUGAUGAUGCUAUUAUGCUUUUCCAUGACUUCUGAAGUGCAUCUAAUGUCUGUAAUAUUGAAUAAAUCAUUUAUUUAAUCCGAUUUCCUGUUCUUCUUACUAA